AUUUAAAACCUCCGAAAACCAAACACGACCUAAAACUCUUUCCAAAACCCUACACCCUCUCUUUCUCUUUCUCUCCCAUACCGCCACUCUCCAGUUUUUUCUCAUCAAUGGCGAAACAUUCACUCGACGAAGAAACAACCAAGAAAGUUAUUCGACAGGUUGAGUUUUAUUUCAGUGAUAGUAAUCUUCCCAGAGAUGAUUUCUUGAGUAAAACUGUCAAUGAAAGUGAAGAUGGAAUGGUUAGUUUGGCUUUGCUUUGUUCCUUCAAUCGGAUGCGAAAGCAUCUUAAGUUGGCUGAUGAUACUAAGCCCGCUGAUGUUAAGGAAGAAACUGUCAAAGCUGUUGCUGAAGUUUUGAAAAAUGCUGCUUCACUCAAGCUAUCGGAAGAUGGGAGCAAAGUUGGCAGGAUUACUGAACUUCCCAAGCCAGAAGAGGUAAUUGAGCAGGUUGAGAUAAGAACGAUUGCUGCAUCACCAUUUGAAUAUACUGUGAAGCUUGAAGAAGUGGAGUCCUUCUUUGGUCAAUAUGCCAAGGUCAACAGUGUUCGGUUGCCCCGUCAUGUUGGAGACAAAAAGUUCUUCUGUGGUACUGCCCUUGUUGAGUUCUCAUCAGAUGAAGAAAUGCAAAAUGUUUUGAAGCAAAAAUUAGUGUAUGCAGGCGCUGAGCUAGAAUUAAAGCCAAAGCAGGACUUUGACGCAGAAAGAGAAAAGGAAUUAGAAAAGCAUGAAAAAUCUCGUAAAAAUGUGGGUUCAAACCACGAAGAGGAUAACACCAAUACAGAAGAAGACUACCCUAAAGGCUUAGUUAUUGCCUUCAAACUAAAGAGCAGUUCAGAUGAAGUUCCAGAAAAGAAUAGCACUGAUCAACAAGCCAAUGACAAUAAUGAUGUCACCAAGACAGAUGAACAAAAACCCUCUGAAGUUGCUGCUGAGGAAAGUGAUCAAAAGAUGUCAGAAAAUGAUGACAAUGAUAAAGAGAACAAUGGAGUGAACGAAGGAAAGGAGGCUGAAGGCGAAGAAAAGGAGCAAGAGAAAAAUGGGGUGAAGGAAGAAAAGGAGACCGAAGUUGAAGAAAAGGGCCAAGAAAACAAUGGGGCAGGUGAAGGAAAGGUGACUGAAGGUGUCGAAAAGGGCCAGGAAACUGGGAAAAAAACAGCUGUUAUUUUCAAGAACGACUCAGAUGUUGUCUUACGUGAAGAUUUGAAGGUUGUCUUUCAGAAGUUUGGUGAUGUUAAGUACAUAGAUUUCAAUAUGGGAGAUGAGUCAGGAUUCAUUCGGUUUGAUGAACCUGAAGCUGCUCAGAAAGCACGUGCUGCUGCAGCUCUUUCGGAAAAGGGGGGCUUAGUUGUGAAGAAUUAUAUUGCUACUCUAGAUCCAGUGACAGGUGAAGCUGAAAAACAAUACUGGAGCCAGCUUCGUGGUAAACAAGAUAUACGCAGAGAAAGUUUCAGCAACCGAGGAAGGGGAGGAGGAAGGUAUGGUAGAGGAGGCAAAUUUUCACGUAAUAGAGACAAUGAUUCUGGAAGAGGUCGCCAAAAUAAAUAUAGAAAGUAUUAACUGCAUUCAGGGUUAUUUAUAACAACGCCGGUUUAGUAGCUGCUUCAAGGGUUGCCUGAUUUUGUUCUCAGCUACUUUCAGAUUUGGUUGGUUGAUAACAGUAUUUUUAGUUAAGUUUCAAUUGGGCAUGUAAAACAAUUAAUUAUACAGUACUUUCUCGUGUUAUUUUUGAAUUAAUUUUAGUAAGUUAACACUGACGUGUGUAUUUUAGUUUUUUUUAACAAACAAAUGUUAGUUUGGUA